UGACAAUUUAAUUGUGAAAGUUUAUCGUAGUAUAUAAACUGAUCGUAUUGAUUGUAAACAUCAGAUCAUCCAACGAUUUCAAAGUGUAAACAACAACAAUAAACAACAAAUCUAAAAGUUUUAUUAAAGUGAAAGUGAUUUGAUUGAAUUCAAUUGAAUUUCUCAAACUAGAAUUAAUCAUGAGGAGCUUUAGUUUCAUCUGUUUAGUUAUAUUUUUAUCCAGUUCUUCAUGGGCCGAUCCACUUGGUAAUUUAGUGAAUUCAAUCAGUCCAGAGAUUGAUUCUCGCAAUGGAUUAGUACACAUUUCAGCUAUUCAAAGAGCAAUUCAACCAAUUCCAGCCGCUGGUUGGGGUGAUCAUGGUCAUGGUCAUGGUUGUAAAAACGAAGAGGUUCAUCAUCACCAUCAUCAUCAUCAUCAUGCUAAAAUGGUUGCCACUCAUCACCACGAUCAUGGACAUAAACACGGUCAUGAUCACGGUCACAAACAUGGACAUGAUCAUGGACACAAACACGAGGCUUGGCAUCAUCAUGGUCACAAACAUGGUCACCACCAUGGACACAAACACAGCCACGGUCACCAUCAUGGUCAUGGACAUAAACACGAUCAUCAUCAUGGUCACAAGCACGGUCAUGAUCAUAAACACGGCCAUGGACACAAACAUGACCAUUGGCAUGGACACAAACACGGACAUGACCACAAACAUGGCCACGGACACAAGCACGAUCACUGGCACGGACACAAACACGGUCAUGGUCACAAACACGACAACUGGCAUCAACAUGGACACAAACAUGGACAUGACCACAAACACGGUCACAAACACGAUCACGGACACAAACACGAACACGGAUGGCACGGACAUCACGGUCACCAUGGUCAUGGGUGGCAUUAAAUGGUCAAACUAUUCCGUAAAUAAACAAAGUAAAUUAAAAGACAAUCAAGUCAAUUAUACAAACAUAUCUAUUCCAUUGGUUUAUAAUUGGUACAACAAUCAACUAAUUAGAAACCUGAUUUUGGUAACCAUGUUCACAACAUCUCAUCAUUAGCAUCGUAGGACUUUCACAAUCAGUAUUGUAAUUAGAUAAAGAUUUCAACUUAAUAUUAAUUUGCUUUUUUUAUCAAUGUAUAUAUUGUACAUUAAUCAUUUGGUUAUGGGUUAAAUAAAACAAUUUGCAAUUUAAA